GAAAAUUUGUGGGAAUAUCAUUAGGAAUUCAAAUAGAGGGGAAGAGCGGCAAAAGUUAGCCUUUGAACGGAAAAUGCCGCAACACCGCACCCACAGCAGCGCCACCGCCCCAAAAACCAAUGCGGCAUCCAAAUCGACCGUCCGCAGGCCGCUCCGAGACGUUUCCAACGCCGGAAAAUCCUAUCCGAAGUCUACGGCGAAGAAGCUCCCCGUGAAAUUGGAAGAACGCGGUACAAAAGAUGAACCGCAGCACCCGCAAAUGGGUAACGGCGGCGACGCCUCCCUUGACCGCCUUCUUCUCAUCCACUCCGACUUAUCAUCCCUCACGAAUCAAAUAGAUGAACUUGUUGUUGAUGCUCUCAAAAUCACCAGCAAGGAGGGGAUGAAGGAAGUAGAAUCCUUUGCUAAUUUUUUGUCUCAAAUGCAAAUGUCAUUGAAGCAAUGGGUUCCUAGAUUCCGAAAAGUUCUCUCUGCUGAGCCAGGUAAUAUGAAGGAAAAAGCUGAGAUAGGUAGGGAGGGCAAGUCCAUGAUGAAAAAUAUGAGCUCUGCUGCUGAAAGCCCCGAACAAUCUAAUUGGGACUUCUUGGUGUCACCGUCACCCCUAGUUUCCUGGCGAGCCAGUUGCGCUCAUGAAGGUGGUAAAGAGCUUUUUUUGCUCACCCCUCUGCCUCGGCAAAAAGAUGUUUCAGUAAAGUAUCAGGAACCUUCCAAACCUGCACUGGGAGCAAUUGCAUCUAGCUCAAUUGCUCCACCACCUGCUAUUAUGGAUGUAGGAGAAGAGACAAGUAGCGGCGAUUUAGUUGCGAGCAUUAUGGUACAGAAAACUCCGGAGAAAGUUUCUGAUAGAGCUCUUGAGAGUGAAUGCUUUUCUCCUCAAAAUUUGUGCAGAAAGGAUGGCUACAUGUUUAUAAUGACCCCUUGUUUGAAAGUUUCCCCACCUAAAUCAUGUGUUUUACUGGAACCUCUGGCUGAAUUUCCGCGAAAGGCCAGUCUCGGUGUUCAUCAAUCUACACCCUUUGUUAAAGGAAUUCAAAACUCCGACGAAUCUCAAGAUACAGAAUCAUCCAACUCUCAGAAUUCGCAGAAGAUGCCUUUAACGUAUCCGCAAUUUCUUGGAAUAAAGCUUGGUAACAACAGUGGCAACAGAAGAAGGGCAGUUGACGAAUCACCAUGUUGGUUGAGGUCACCUCCUAAAACGUGCAUUCUGAUGGAGCCAUCUGAUGAAAACUUGCAGAUAAAUGAUCCUUGCAAUUCCGCGUUGCCUGAUGUCACUAACAAGCAUCAUGAUGCAACUGGCAAGCAAGAACAAAGGGAGCCAAAGACCACCAUCCAACGGGGAAGGUGUCCUGGUGAAGACACAUUGAAGAGAGAAUUGUGGACAAAGUUUGAAGCAGCAUCCGUUCGUGGGGUUCAAUUCGAUGUCUCGCCUCUUGAAAACAGUAGUGGAAACAGAUUUUUAGAUAGGUUAGAAGAGGAGGUUUCUCCUUGAGAUGAUCUGACAUGGUGUAUUUUGAAAAAUAUACUGACCGGAUAUGGCUUUUGAACGUAGUGUAGUUUCUAUUUUAAUGCAGGGAGUAACAAAAGUUGUAGCAUCUAAUCAGAAACACAACCGCAUUUUGUAAUUUUUGGACUUUUCAUACAAGUGUAGUAUGAACUAUGAAUGUUGUAUAAGACUCGAGUUGACAAAUUCAUUAUUUGUCGAAAUGAUUGUAUUAAUUACUUCGCGAAGUUUAAAAAUUCGCAUAUAUCAUG